UCCUUAAUUCAAAAUUUUAGUUCAUACUGGGCCUCCAUUACGGAUACAUCAAAAUUUACUAAGCCUUAGAAAAACAACUUUUGGAAAAUGUUCACUAAAUUAUGUAGACCAGUUCCUUCAAUUAACUUUCGGACUGUAAAAUGUUUCUGUAAGCCACGACAAUUGAACAAAUAUUACAAUAUAAUCGCUAGAGCAAACUGCAGUGCAUCGUCAUCAUUUCUCUGUGACAAGAAUGUGAUCUUCGUGGCUGGUCUGGGAGACAUUGGGCUGGACACCAGCAAGGAGUUGCUUAAGCGCGACCUGAAGAACCUGGUUAUCCUGGAUCGCAUCGACAAGCCGGAACUCGUUUGCGAGCUGAAGGAGCUCAAUCCCAAGACGAAAGUCACCUUCAUGCCCUACGAUGUGACCGUGCCGAUUGCCGAGUCCAAGAAGUUGUUGAAGAAAAUCUUUGACAAGCUGAAGUGCGUGGACAUCCUGAUCAACGGAGCUGGUAUUCUGGAUGACCACAAGAUUGAAGCCACCAUCGCUGUCAACUACACGGGUCUGGUGAACACCACCACCGCCAUUAUGGAUUUCUGGGACAUUCGCAAGGGCGGACCAGGCGGAAUUAUCUGCAACAUUGGCUCCGUGACUGGCUUUAAUCCUAUUACUCAAGUGCCCGUUUACUCUGGUUCCAAAGCUGCUGUGGUCAACUUCACCAGCUCCUUGGCCAAACUGGCUCAUAUAACCGGAGUGACCGCCUACACUGUGAACCCCGGCAUCACCCGCACCUCCCUGGUUGCAAAGUUCAACUCCUGGCUGGAUGUCGAGCCCGAUGUGGCCGAGUUGCUGCUAGAGCACCCCACCCAGUCGACCAAGGAAUGCGCCACCAGCUUUGUCAAGGCCAUCGAGAAGAACAAAAACGGCGGUCUCUGGUUCCUAGACCAGGGCAUCCUGGAGGACAUCAAGUGGGACAAGCACUGGGACCCGUGCAUCUAAGGAGAAUACUCGCAUGCCACUAGUAUUAGUUAUAAACCUAUAUAUGUACACGCAUAACAAUGGUGGUUGUGCCUUAUUGCAAAUCAAAUCACUUUUCAAUCUGAUACGGUAAUAAAACUGUAGAAGAUU